GUCGGGAUUCAUGGAAGAAAAAAUUUGACCCGAUAUCAAAUCACUAUGAGGCAGGGCAAGACGGAGACGAGCAGGUGGAGACAAUGGAGACAAAACCCGUCCCCGCUCCGCGAUCUCUACGCUCAAACCUGCGCCCCGCACACACCAUAAAACACGACCCAGCGCCCCCACCAGUCCACCACCACAACACCACGAUGCCCGCAUCCCCGUCGCAUCCCUCGCCGGCGCCGGCGACGCCCUCCUCCUCCGUGGACACCCCUAGCCGACGCCGGCGCCUCCUCCCGUCCAAGUCCAAGCCCAACCAAUCGUCGACGCCGACCUUCGAGCCCCCCUCCCCGUUCCACCGGUUCCUACCCUCCCCUCUGCCCGCCUCCUCCGUGCCCUUCUCCUGGGAGCACCGCCCGGGCAUCCCCAAGACGCCUGCCCGGAACCGCCAGUCCUUGAAGGGCGCCGGGAAGACGCUGCCGCUGCCGCCGUCGCUGCUCUCCAGGGCCUGCACCGGCGGCGGCGCCGACCCCUACUCCUGCAUCGUCCUCGCCGAGUACGCCGCGAUGCACCCUCCGCCGGAGCAGCUGCAGCGCGGCCGCGCGGGGCGCCUGGGGUGGAGUGUGCGCGGCCGGAGCUGCCGGCCGCGGCUGGGCAACGCCCUGGCGGAGUGGCUCUCCGUGCUCAGCCUCUGCCGCUCAUGCAAGCGCGCCGCCGCGUGCUUCGCCGCCAAGGCCAAGUCGUCGGUGGCCUAAGUCUGAGAGAGAUAAGUAUUGCGGUCUGCACGCGUCAUCAUCUCACACCGUAUGUGUUGAUACUACUAUAUAUAGCAAUGCUGUUGUGUGUUUGGAUUUGGGCUGAUUUGCUGUAAAUUAGAGGUAAUCAGGAUAUAUGCCUGGUUUAUAGAUAAUUUCAUAUACGCGUGAUUUACAGUUAAAUGUUAAUUAGCAGUAGUCGUAGUGUUUGCCCAAAUAAUUCGGCACCAUUUGCCGUAGCCACCGAAAUGUUGGUGCUGUUGCUUGUGGCAUGUGCUUUAGUAAGCAGCAUUAAUUAAUUACUGGGUUAAUUUGGGUUUAGAGUUUAAACCUGUGG